AGUCAUUAAAUAAACAUGCCCUGCCUCACAGCAAUCAUUUCAUUUCAUUCAUUCCCAUAUAAAAGAAAAGAUGUACACUUUUUCCUUCUCCUUUUUGACUCUCUGAGUCACCUUCUCCUUUCUCCUUUUGCUUCCGUCUGUUACAAACCCACACACAGUUGUGGUACACUAACACACAGUCUCUCCCGAGAAAAGGGGGACGCUUUUUCCUCUGCCGAUUCUUCAAAAACAUCUCAGUGUACACACACUACUAAUACGCAGAGCGGCAUUGUCGAGAAAAUAACCCGUUCUCUCAGGAUGGAAGCCCAAGCAUUUGCUUCAAGUUCUUUGUGUACCGAAGUUGACGAGAAGAAUCUUAAGCAAUUGCUGGAAGCUUUUGGUUCUGUUGUUUCCCUUAAGGAUAUAGCUUCGGCCUACUGUGAAACAGGUCGAAACUUGAAUUCUACAGCUGAAAUACUCUGUAACAUGCAGGGCAGCACUUCUGGAACUUGUUCCUCAAAAUCACAGAACAAUGCUGAAAACACGAGUAGCCCUUCUUCUUCUUCUUCUUCUGUGUGCCCAUCGAAUAACAUUUCGGAAAAUGUUGAUAUUGGUAAAACAAAGCCGAAAAAGGGUUCAGCGUCUAUGGGAACUGUGUCUGAUGUGAUUGGAAAGGAUUACAUUAGACCCAAAUCCCAGUCAAAUGGAUUGAAUGAGAAGUCGAAACCGGUGAUAAUAAACUCGGAUGAUAUUCCAGUAUCUGAGAUUUGGGAUGAGAAACCGGAGUUGGAUUCUGGCUCACAGAGUGAAUCCAUGGAUAGUGAUCUUGAAGAAUUUCUUUUUAAGAUGCUUGGAAAGGGAUUUCAGCUCGACAAGAGUGUAAUACAGGACGUUAUUGGUCAAUGUGGGUACAAUAUGUCAAGGAGCAUUGAUAAACUCCUCGAUAUGUCAGUACAAACCCUGGAAAAGAGUGAUGAUGUUAUUGGCGUAGGUGCUGGAAAUGCGAAACCUUCUUCUUCUAGAAGAUUGGACACUAAUGUGGAGAAUGGAGGUGAAUUAAUAUUACCUCGGGCAGAGACGAAAACGAAGGACGUUCAAAGAGAAGUUUUAGAGUCACUAUUCAGUGUGCCUGACAGAUUUGAAGAAAAGGAGGUUACCCCAAUUAGACCAGUUAGGCGGUCACCUCAUGGUCAGAUUGUAACCAAACCGCCCGACGACAUAAUCAUAGAGGAUUUUACUUUUAUUACAAGACAACUAGUUAAUCAUAGAAAUGAUGAUGAAAAUCAGAUGAGCUAUGACGACAUGCGCAAAGCUUUGACGGAGUACUGGGCUUCGAUGAAGGAAUCGUUUAAAGCUGCUCUGGAUGCAUAUAUUAAAAAGGAUUACGAAAAUGCGUAUAGACUUAAGGAAGAGGGUAAUUAUUAUAUGAUGAAAGCCCGAGAAACGGAUGAAAAAUCUGCUCAAAAACUCAUCAAUAACAGAGAUGAGGAUGAAGAAUUUUCUAUUAAAAUGCAUCAUCUCGAGCCAAAGGAAGCUCUGUACAUAUUGAAAUUUCAAUUGACUUCUCUUUCUGGUUUGCCAACUAUUCGCUACUUGAAGUUUGCAGUCGGGACCAAUACCGGUGACCAGAAAGAUAAGCGGCGAAAGCGCCUUAUUACUAAGCUUUUGGAGAAGGAGGGGAUUCCUUGGACCGAAGAAGGAAAUGGAUUGAUUAUAUCAGUUCGGGCAGACGAGAUUGAUCCGAGCAAGCUCAGUUUUGCAAAGAAAUGAACAAUUUCAUAUUAUUUGUUCUCUUUGAGAUUACGAACUCACAUUGAGGGCACCUUUUUUUUUUUUUUUUUUUUUUUUUUUAUAAUGACCUCAGAAAUUUUCAUUUUACUGUAUCUCAAUUCCUUGCAUUAAUCAUUGAGUUGAUGCUCGUUUUCCGGACUGAUUCGAAUGAAUUUUGAGAAAGUAAAAAUUGUGAUUUGAAAGCUUAGUUUAUGAUUAUAGAAUUUUCUCUUCAUUUCUCGAUGAAUGCGGCGAAGAAGGGUUUUCACUUUGUUUGGAUAAAGGAUGAACACCUAAUGAAAUUUUACUUUUCAAUGA